AUGGACUUUUCCAGAGGGAUGCUAUUCCACUUUGCUGCUAUCUAUCUGUACUACGGAGUAACAAUUUGUGGAAUAUUACCGUUCCGCUACGCUUUGAAUCGUUUCGUAAACUGUGAAUUUCAACUGCUAUGGUCUCUGUGUGCUGGGAUCAGUAUCAUCGCCUUGGUUGGUUUCAGCUUCUAUCGAAUAGUGACCCUGAUCACGUACCCUUCACUGUACAUUGUCCGCCAGUUGAUCUACUGUGAGUUCAUUGUUCGCUUUGGGAUCAUUUCUUCGUGCUACGUUCUAGCCUGGAUAUACCGUAGGCAGUUCAAGGUCUGUGGAAACGCUUUUCUGGAAAAUUUAAAGGAUCUUAAACCGUUUGUCAUCCCAGCUUGGAUCGAUAGAAAACUGGUGGUGUACGGACUGGUUAAAAUUUGCAUUGUAGAUAUUAUGAUGAGCUUCCUGUUUGCUAUUAACUUCGGAGUCAAUGCUUCGAACGAUCCCGUGUCGCUGUUCGAACGCGUCGUGAAUGUUUUUGCUGUUUUUGUUGUGGCUCAAGUGUCCAAUGUUUGCAUGUUUACGGUUUAUCUGGGUGCCCAUUUAUAUCGACUCAUCAACUGGCAAGUGAGGCUAACAAUAGGAAUGCUCUGUGAUCUAGAUCGUAGUCUGGGUCAGGGGAGCGAAAGAGCUUUCCAAAACCGUGAUCCGCGGCUGUUUGAUGACGUUCGUGAAAAACUUGCUCUGUUGCGAAGGUUGCACUACAAAACUACUCAGUCGAUUCGUGGUAUUUUAGACAUUUUUGGUGUUCCGUUGGCCCUAAUCAAUUUGAACCAAUUUUUAGUGAUCAUUUCAAGGGUAUACUUUGUCUACGUUUCCAUCAUCUAUGAGUUGAAUAAGGAAUUUUCAAUCACUUUAAGCCGAUACUUCAACUCAAUUUUCUAUUUGUGUUUUGAAUUUAUUCAUCUUCUUUGUUUGGUAUCUGCAUGUGCACUUACAGUAAGACGGGCUGAGAAAACUUUGAUCCUGUUGAAUGAAUUUUUCGAAACCGAUGUCGAUAUCGCUGUGGACGAGAGCUUGGUUUAUUGCUGCGGGAUCACACUGUUCUUCUUUGUGGAUUAUACAGAUUAG